UGAAGAUGAGGAUGAAGAUGAAUCUGAUAAUGAUUUUGAAGAAGCCACUUAUGUCAAGGAAACAGAUUCUGACUGGCUUCAGAUGAGAAGCUCUGACUUCCUGGUUACUGUGACAGACAUUGAAAGACAAGAGAAGAUUAAUUUGUCAAUUUCAACAUCAGACUUGUCUACCUCUACAGAUGCUGAUGCUCAUCUCAGAGAUGUUGCUGAUGAUGCAGAAGAACUUGAAACUGGAGCUAAAUUCAGCAGUGGUGAUUCAGAAGACGAUGUGCUUGCUGAUGAUGUAGUUGAUGAUGGCAGUAAUGUUGAGGAAAGGGAAGACAUUGUGAAAUCUGAUCAGGAUACUUCUGAAGAUAAAGAAGUUACAGAGGAAAGUGAAGAUGUUGAGGAAGGGGUAGAUGUAUCCAAGUCAGAACAGGAUCAGUUGGAAGAGAUGAUGCUUGCACAAGGACAGGUGGCACAGGAAACCCUCAGUGAAGAUACUGAGACAGGAAUAAGUGAUAUUGACAAACAAGACAUCAAGUCAUUGAGAUACAUGUAUGAAAAGGAGUUUGAAGAAUUGAGAAGAUUUGAAUCAUUUGAUGACUUGGAACCAGGUAUUGAAAGCCAUUUUGAGAGUCUCCAGUCUCAGUUACCAUCUGAUGAACAUGGAUCUAUUGACGAAGAGGAAGUGACUGAAAUUCAAGAGAGUAUAGAAUCUCCAAAGCACAGAGUAAAUGAGCUUACAGAAUCUGAAAAUGACAUGGAUGAAAGCUACGAAAAUCUGAUUGAGACAUCAGGUGAAUCUUCAGUCGAAUAUCAGCACCGACCGCUUGAGCAAUUGGCUGCACUGACAACAUCAACUCCCACUAAAACAGAAACAAUAGACAAGCUAUCACAAGAGGCAGCUGAUGAGCUGGAAGAGUCAGUUGAGGACACAGAAAGCCAUGAAGGUCCACUUGAGACCUCAGGUGAAUCUUACUUGGAAGAGAAUCAGCACCGACAGCUUGAACAAGAUCUAAAAACAUCUACAGAAACAUUCACUUCUGAGACCGAUGAGUUUGAAGAUUCUGCAUCCAUGGCUGAACCAGAACAUAGGCAGUUAAUACAACCAGACAAUGGAGAUAUGUUCAGUGAGAGUUCUCUGUCAGCAGAGUCACAUGUGGUUAAGUCAGAAAAUAGAUUCUUUAAUGUUCCAACACUGGAAAACCUAGUUCAGAUGACAAUGUCCUCUUCAGGGGAAUAUAAUGAACUGAUAAGAGACCUUACUCUGUCAGAAACAGACACAUUCGACCCAUAUGAUGACAGUGGUACCAUACCAAAGGAGCCUGUUUCUGAAUGUCAAGACAAUCUUGCCGAAGACGAUCAGGGUGAGGAAGAAGACAUUGAUGAGACCAAAGCAGCUGAAGAUCUUGUGCAAGCUGUGAUUGCCAGUGCAGUUGUCAGUUUGCAGGAGGAAUCCAAGGUAACAGAUGUUACUGACAAACAAGUUGAAACUGAAAUUGACAGAAGAGAAGAGUUUGCAGAUGAAUUGUUCCCAGGAAAGCGACCAUCAGUUGAGCGGUCCACGCCUCAAACAGCUGCAGUUGAUGUGCAAGAUGAGAGUAGUAUUCAAGGGCUCAUAGAAAUGGAUUCUGUUGUAGAUGAAAGCACUGAAGGUGAAAGCAUUGCACCUUCAGGUGAUGUUCAAGUUGUACAAGAGGAACCAGCAGAAGAAGAUGUACACUGGAGUCGUAGAGAUAGUUCUGUAACUGAAGGACCAAGUUUUGACCAGUUGAAGGGUAUCCUCGCCAUGGUUGUUCCAGCUGCACCAGAAUACUAUGACCAGGAAGCAACAGCCACUCAUGUUAGUGGGGAAGAGAGCCAAGGAAUCGAGGAGCAACAGCUCGUGGGAGACAAUCAGAAAAUUGAUUAUUCACCUGAGUCAGAUAACCAAGCAGAAGGCUCUACUGAAAUUGCUGAAUCUGUUAAUGCAUAUGAUACCCAACUACCCAGUGAAGACAAAGUUGAACCAAUAUCCCAUACUUCAGAAAGUGAAGAGAACAUUGAAGGAGAACUAUUGACAAACAUGGAGUCAUUACGGUAUAUGUAUGAAAAAGAAUUCACAGAACUUAUGCAGUUUCCAGACAGUGAGGAAACAUCUGCCCAGACAAUAACUUCAGUUGAUCAUUACAGUGAGAGUGAACAAGAAGUCUCAACUACAGAACUAGAACCACCAGUUCAACCAGAACAACAGGACAGAGAAGAGGAAGUCGAUGAACCAUUUACUGAGGCUUUAGAUACGUAUGUGCAGGAUAAUAAUGCUGAACAACCGCAAGAAAGGUCUAUUGAUCAUAUGGAAGAAGUAAUUUCAACUACUGACAUUCCUGACAGUGAAGAACAAGAGGAAAAGGGUUUGUCCUUUGAGGGAUCGAAGGAAGACCUCCAACAUAAUACUGAUGGAGAGGGACUGCAUUAUGUGUUGUCUGAAGAUCACAGCGAGGUGGAGGAUGACUUUAAAGAAGACCAUGAGAGAUCUUCUAGCAUCAGUCAACCAGAAGAAGAUGUACCACCUCCAUGUGACAAUGCUGAAGACAAAGCUGGUAGAGAGUCUGAAAGACAAUUCGAGGAAUAUGAAGAAUCCGCUCAGCAACAGCGUGAAACAUCUGAUUCUGUUAUUGCAUCUGAACUUGAAAGAAGUGAUGACAUCACUCCAGAUGAAGACACAUCAGGGCCAUCAGAAGUUAAUGACUUGACUAUAGAUGAAACAGAAAAGCUUGCAGAGGAAAUAGUUCAAAUUGCAGUUCAGAGUGCAUUGUCUGAUUUGCAAGAGAUUGACCAGGCAGCAUCAACAGAAAACUCACUGUCCAAUGAAGAAGGUUCAUCAUUUAUUGAAGAUAAUAAUGCAGACCAGGAGGUGACUGAGGACACUGAAUAUCCAACUGAGGUAGUCACUACAUGUGACGAACAAAAAGAUGCUGAAACGGGGGCCGUCGAGAGUGAACCAGUUCAGACAGUUGAAGAUGAUUUACCAGGUAAUGAAACAGAAGAUGUGGAUGAGAUGGAGAAAGUAGCAGAAGAAAUUGUUCAGAGUGCCCUAGAGAGUGCACAGGCAGCUCUGACACACCCUGACCAAUUCAUACCAGUUAAUGAGGCAAGAACAGAGGAUGUGACUUUGCAAGAACAUGUUCAUCAUGAAGAUCAUCAUGUUGAACAGGCUGAUCAUGUGCCUGCAAUAGAACCAGAUGAAGUCAAGGAAGCAGAAGACAAAAACUCUGCAGAAAGGAGUUUUGACCAGCAGCAACAAACAGUGGUUAUUCCUACUGAUGAAGUGCUUCAAGAUUCACGUGAAAGGCCGGACAGUGAAUGUGACAGAUUUGAAGAAGACAUUCUGCCUGUGAAUGAAAACAGUGGUGAUAGCUCUGUGGGGUAUGAAGAAAGUUUGACAGAAGUACUUAAAACAGAAACUAAAGUAUUUAACGCUGAAACUUCCAGAAGUGAAGAACAAUUAAGCAGUUCAGACCCAGAGGAGUUUGGAGAUCAACAGGAGUCUUCAGAAAACAGACCACAGUUUUCAAGGCAGGAGUCAUUGUUAAUGCGAAGGAUCCGAAGUAUCGUAUCAGAAUCAGAUGAGGAGGAGUUUGAGGAGCCUGAACCAUCAACUGAUCGUACAGAGGAAUUCAUGCCAUCCAAAGAUAUAACUGCCAGUGCCUACAGGGGUCAACAAGACCAGGAUGCACCAUAUGGUUCGGAUGAAGAUUAUGAAGAGGAAAGGCUUGAAUAUGAAGACGCCUCUGUACAGGAUACCUACAUAUCAGAUCAAAGAGAAACAGAGGAUGUUUUCUGUGAAGAAACUGAAGACAGAGAAACAGAUUCUCGUCAAGGAUUCUCUGAUACGUCAGGAAGUAUCACUUCAGAAUCGACCACGUUAGUACCAGAUGAAUGUGACAGCCACCAGAUGACUGAGCAGUUAGAUGUUAUACAAGAAAAAGCUUCAGAUCCAGAGGAUCGUGUUGAUGAAGACACCAUUGACAAAGAUGAGGACCAAGCUCAGGAAGAGGAUGUCACUCUCACAACUGAUGACUCGUCUGAUCAGGUGACAUUCACAGAAGCAGAAGAAUCAGCAGAACUUGAUGAGACUGAUGAGAAAUCUGAUGAUGUUGAUAUGCCAGAACCAGUAUGCACUGAUCCACCAACCAGUCAGCUUGAGGUGACACAAGCGACAGAAGACAGAGCACCAGAGAUGGAUGAAGGAAGAUCUGUAAGGGAGAGUUCAAUAGACCAUACUGAAAGGUUUCUCUAUGCCGUAGAAGAGCGAGAAACUGAGCUUGUACAACCUCCUGAGGAUAUGGUACCUGUGGAUGAUGUCGAUGAAUCCAUCUCCAAGGAAGUGACAAACAUUACAGAGGAACUUGUUAAAAUGACGGAUGAUGAAACCAGUGACAGACAUGGCACACAUCACUUUGUCCUGAACCCAGAAGCAGAUGAAUUUAUCCCUCAGUCAGAUGAAUGGAAACUACAACAUAUCCAGGACACAACAUCCGUCUCUAUGAUUAGUGAAUCAAGACUGGAAACAGACUACAGACAUCGACCAAUGGAAAGUGCUGACAGUGAGUUAACAUUAGACCAGUUAACAGAGAAGAUUGCAUCAUUCUGUUUUGAUGAACAAGCUGAACAUAAAUAUACUUCAUGUCAGCAGUCACUGCCGGAUACAGGAUUUGAGCACCGUAUGAUUAAUGAAGAGGCCACAUCACUUGUCAAAGAAGAGAUACUUAAACAAGAGGACAGAGCACUUGAUGAUCAAAAAACUAUACUUGAAGGAGAAACAGACAGAGUUCAGGUCACAGAGGAGAGAUCACCUGGAGAAGAGUUCACUUAUGGUGAAGAAAGGACAGCACUGAAAGAGGAUGAGAUAGUAAAUGAUAAAGAAGACACAGUACUUGGUGAAGAAGAGACAACACUUGAUACAGAAGAGACCAUACUUGAAGAAGGGCCAGCACUUCAAGGAGAAGAGACAAAACUUGAUAAAGAAGAGACUAUUCUUGAAAGAGAAGGGACAAGACUUGGUGAGGAAGAGCCACAUGUCAAAGAAGAGACCAUGCCUGAAGGAGAGACAGCACUGGAAGGAGAAGCAAUACUUGAUGAAGAACUUACAGUACCUGUACAAGAGAUAGCUCCUGCUGAAGUAGACAAAGACGAGAUAACAAAAGAUGAAGAUGAGAUAAAGAUUGACAUAAAGACAUCAGUUGAAGAAGAGACUGACCAGGAUGAGAACAGAUCAUACUUAAAGAAGACACGAUACUUGACAAGGAUGAGACAGCACCUGAUGAAAAAAAUGACAGACCUUGACUCAGUGCCGGUACUUGAAGGAGAGGCAGUACUUGAGGAAAAAGAGACAGUGCUUGAAAAAGGAGAAGCAAUACCUGAUGAAGAAGAGGCGGACCUUGAGGGAGAAAAGCCAGAUGUCAUUGAGGAAGAAACUAUUCUUGACAAGGAAGAGAUUACACUUGACAAAGAACAGGCUGACCUGGGUAAAGAACAGCCAAUACUUGAGGAAGAGACUGGAGUGAAGAUGGGUGAGGUAGCUCUUGAUGAAGAUGAGGCAAUUCAUACCGAGGAAAAGACAGCUCUUUGGGAACGAGGGACAACACUUGGCCAAGAAGACACACAUCUUGCAUUAGAAGGGAGCAUACUUGAGGGAGCGACAGCACCUGAUGGAGAGGCAGUACUUGACAAAGAACAGACAUCACCUGGACUAGAGAUGGCUCUUGCUGAAGAGGAAACAAGUCUUGAAUAUGAAGAGAUGGCAUUUAAUGAAGACCAGAAAACAUGUGAUGAAAUAAAGUCAUCACUUAGUGAAGCGGAGACUGACCAAGAUGAAGAACAGAUCAUACCUGAAGAAGAGAUGAUACUUGCCAAGGAUGAGAAAAUGACAGACCUGGACUCAGUGACUGUACUUGAGGAAAAAGAAACAGUGCUUGAAAAAGGAGAGACAACAAUUGAUGAAGAAGAGAAAGACCUUGAGGGAGAAAAGCCAGAAAUCAUUCAGGAAGAAACUAUUCUUGACAAGGAAGUGAUGACACUUGACAAAGAACACACUGACCUGGAUGAAGAACAGCCAAUACUUGAGGAAGAGGCUGAAGUGAAGAAGGGUGAGGUAGCUUUUAAUGAAGAUGAGACAGUACUUGACAAAAGGACUGUACUUGAAGGAGAGAUGGUAUUUGACAAAGACGAGACACUUGGUAAAGAGGAGACAGCAGAAGAAAUGAAUCUUGAUGAAGAAGAGGAAUUUGAAGAUGCAUCUGAGAAUGAGGAGACACCAAUAGAAACAGCACCUGAUCAAGAAGAAACACACCCAGGAGAAGUGCUUGAUGAUAAAGGACAGAUACUCGGCGAGCCACUGGCUGAUGAGGAAGUAACAGCCAGAUAUGAACCAGUCAACAAAGAUGAAAUGUUGACAGUGGAAGCACUUGCUAAAGAACUGACAGAAGAGAUGGUUCUUGAAAAAGAAGAAACACACAUACAGGCAGCACUUAAAGAUGAUGACAUGCCCAAAGAAGAAGCAUUAGAUCAAGACGUGUGUGCCAGAAGCAUUCCACUUGAUGCAGAGGGCUCAUCUGGAGUGUUAUCAGUAGAUGGUGAAGAGGAAAUGCCAAGAGGGGAAUCACUUGCCACAAAAGAGAGAUCCAGAGAUGUUGUCCUUGAUAAGGAUGAAACACUCAGAGAGGAUGCAAUUGAGGAAGAAGGAACACCCAGAUUGGAGUCAUUUGAAGACACAGAAAUACCCAAAGAGGAUGAAGCAGGAUCGUCAAGAAAUGAAACACUUCUUGAAGAACAGUCGCCCAGAAAGUCAUCCAAAGAGAGCUCACCAAAAGAGGAAGAAACAAACACCAACAUGCAACUUUAUGAGGAACAAGCAUCAAGAGCUGAGACAGUGGUCAAUGAAGAGUCACCAAUAGAGUUUGCACUUGCUUCACAGAAGCCUGAUGAUGCAGACAAAUCAGAUUUCGCUGAUGAUGAAACUGCAGACAUUGAUUCCGACAUUGUUCAGUCAGAAAAGGAGUCAGAAACACAAGCAAAAGAUGCUAAGCCAGAGCCUGAAUUGUUAGAACAUUUUGAAGAAUUUGCAGAAAACUACAUUGCAAUGUCAUCAAGCAUAUACACGGAUGAAGAAUCAAAAGCAGCUGAUGAGUCAUCAGAACUGGAAUCCAGUGAUCCACAAGCAGAAGAAAGUGGAGGGACUGAUAGACAGAAAACGUUAGAAGUUGAUGACGAAACACUGUUAAUCACAAACGACACUGAACCAACUGUUUUCGACAGAGUAGCUGAAACUGAUGACACUUCAACACUAACUGAUACUCUUGAGAAAAGUGAAACAGAUGCAACUCAGACGGGGGGUGCUUCAACAGAUAAGGAAGUCUCUGAAACAGAAUUAACAGAAACAGAUGAAAGUGGAUGUGGUGACAUGAAUCUCCUAGAUUCUAUGCAGACAGGUGAUAUCAAAGAAAUCAUAAUGGAACUGGAAAAGUUGAAACCAUCAGAUUCUGAUUUGGAGAAACUUGUGCAAGAAGUAACACAAGAGGAAGAUAUUGACAUUUGCCCAGACUAUCUUGCUGUUGAAGGGAUGGUAACUAAAUCAAUGUGUGAGUCUUCCCUUACUUCACAAGAAACCAGCCCAGACCGGGAGAGUGAUUCUUCUAAUGCCCUCUCGUUUGAUAUUGACACAACUACUCUUGUUCCAUCUUCAGCAGAAGAAGACAAGUUCAUGUUAUCAGGCAAUGAAGACACAUCUGCAUCACUCUGUCUGUCCACUCAGGAAACAUUGGACUUUGAAAAUGCAAAAGUUGAUGCCUCAGCGAUGGUGUUUGAAAAGGUGCAACAAGCCAAGAUCAAGCGAAUCGAAUCUCAAGAAAUUUAUGAAUUUGAUGAAGUAUCUACUGUGGCAAUUUGUGGUGAUGGACAGGCUGCAUUGGAUUCAUUGAAAGAUGAAAGUAAAUCCUUGUCUGAAGUGUCUUGUGAAGAUGAGAAAGAAACAAGCGGUGAAUGUACCGGAGAAAGCCAGUAUGACACACAAUGUGUUGAAGACAUGCAGUCAAAUCAGACAGACUUUGAGAAAGUGGUGUAUGAUCUGCCAGUUGUAAGUGAUAAUGGACAAGCAGCUGCUAUGAACCUGGAAGGGUCACCAGGAACUCCAUCAUCUGACGGACUACCGGAAGACCUAAAAACAGCAGCGAAUUUGUUGGUGACACCACCAGAGAACACUGUUCUAUCAGACUCAUACUUAGACCAAAGUGCUAAAUCCAUGAACAAGGAAUCAGUAGGAGCUGAUGCCUUUGGGGACGUGAUUGAAAGGGAUGAUGAGGAAGAACACUUCUACAGACCUGAAGAGGUUGAACUUAAGAUGGACAGUCUUGGAAUCCUGACACCACCUGAAUCUGCACAUACUGAAUCCGGCUCUGAUUCACUAGAUGCAGAGUAUGAAAUGGUGCAAGUAGAUGACACAGAUGAUGAUGUGAAAGCAGAUAAUCACUUUGAUGCAGAAGAUGACUGGGUUAUCGCAGAAGCUGAAAAGAAGAAGUUUGAAAACCUGGAACCAAAACUUGAGGAGAGCAUGGAUAUUGUUCCUACAGAGGUGCAACCUAAAGAACAUGAAGCUGCUGGUGGCACUACGGACGAGAGCAGGAGAACUAGAAUCCCUUCACUUUACCAACGAACAAUGUCAGCUGCUCUGUCUGGAGCUACUGAAGAAAUGGACUGGCAACUGGACACAACAUCUAUUGUCACUGAUGAAGAUGAUGACCUCUUUGUUGAAGGUGACACCGGUGUAAACACUGAGGCCAGCUCAAAGGAAAAAAGACCUCGUAUUCCAUCACUUUACAACAGGCAGAUGUCUGCAGCUUUGUCAGGUGUAACGGAAAUUCCUGACUGGCAAUCUGAAGUAUUUACUGAAAUGAUCAGAGGUCAAGAGAAUGAUGAUGAUGUAACGCUUGUUGAUGAUGACAAGACCAUGAAAACUGAUGAUGAAUCAACAUCUUCUGCUGCUAUUUCGGUGAGAAAUCCAUUUGGUGCUCUUGCCAGUGAUACUACUGACACAACUUCAGAAAGUGAAUCAAUUGCAGGAAAAAUCUACACAUAUAAAGCACUUCAAGAAAGAACAGAACUUGAAAGGGAUGUGUUGCAGAGAAAGCUUACAGUAGACAGUGAACCAACAAUAUCCACAGGGGUUGACGAAGAGACAAAGCAAGAAACAAAGAAGAAGAAGAAACUUAAGAAAUCAUCACCUGUACAGUAUGACGAGUCAGAACAAGCAUGGGCCACAAAACCUGAAAUAAGUGAACAAAAACCCACAGAACCUCAGCAGCCGGUGGAAACACCAGAUACAGUAAAUGAAGCCAAGAAAAGAAAAAGAAGAAGAAGAAGAAGUCUGUGGAAGAGAUCCCAAAAGAGAUUCCUCAAGAGAACACAGAAGAAACAGCAGCCAUACAAAUCCCAUCACUACUCACUGCUCCUGAUGUAGAACCAGCAGAUGGACAGGGCAAGAAGAAGAAGAAAAAGAAGAAGAGAUCGUCGUCAACUCACUCAUCACGAUCAGAGACCGUUGCUGAUGACACUACGCAAGAUCCGCUCCAGGUCUCUGGUGAUUGGAGCGAGAUUGCUGUCAUGACAGAAAUGUCCACACAGGCUACACCUGUUACCGGUCCCUCUUGGGCCAUGGCAAGUGUUCUGGACACAUCAAUACAGGAUACAGCGCUCAUUGGCAAUGAAAGACAAUCUCGACCAAGGCCAGAUAGUCUUCAGCCAAGUGCUGCUCUCAAUGUACCAGUCAUUGAAGUGCAUCCAGUCGAAGAGACAUCACCAAAACCAAAGAAGACAAAGCGUAGAUCUAAAUCCACAGCUUCACGGUCCAGAGAACGAGCAACAACUUCAGCACCAGAUGCUUCAUUCCCAGCCAUAUCUCUCCUCUCACCAACUAGCGCAAGUGAGACAGAGGCAGCUAGCAAUAACCAGCAGAAGAAGAAGAAGAGAAAGAGGUCCAGAUCAAGAUCUACUCAACCCAGGUCUCGUUCAGCCCAGCCACGUGAACGUUCUGUUACACCUUUCCUGGUCACCGAUGAUGACUCUGAUGAUGAAAGUGGAGCUCAUGGGAGAUCAGCAAAUAGAAAUCAGAAGAAGGCCUCCAGCAUGCCACCCAGUCUUGCGAAUAUCAGCGGAUCCCGAAGGCGAAGAAGCAGAAGGAAGAACAUUGUGGUUGUGCAUCAGCCGAAGAACUUCUAAGAUGGUCACUUGUAAUACGACCAACUUUAUGACAAUAAUAAUAUUUUGAUACAAACAUAGGGAAUUGUGACAUCUGUAAUCGUGAUAUAUACUGAACUUGAUCUGAAUUUUCACAAUGUAUGACAUCUGAUGAUAACUUUACUGAAAGUUUCCAGGUCAAUGGAGACCGUCAAACCGGGUUGACUUAUUGCCAGCUACUGUAACAGUAUUGAUGGCAUCAUUCACAAUUGCUUCUUGUCCUACUGAAACGACAUAUAUAUUGCAUCUAAUGCUGCUUCCACUGUUGAUAUGUCCAUUGGGAAAUUCAAUAUUCUAGUCACUGACUUUUCAUCUACUGGUGCACGAGCAUAUUUAUUUAUCAGUUGAAUAUGGAACGAAUCUGGUGGUGGGGGAAUACUGACUAUAAGUGAUUGUUUGGACGUCUAGUUAGGUUGGGGCUUAAUGUCUCAGAAGUAUUGCUCAAAUCUCUUUGGCAUCAUAUUGUACUGUUUUUGUCAUUCUCUCACUUUAAAGGCACACAAACCAAUGAGAUUGGAGACUGACCAUCUUGAUGCUGUAUUCUAACUGAGUGGUCAGUCUGGCGUUUGGACGUUAUGUGUUCGUGCUUGUCUUGCCUGUUUGGUAUGACAGGCACUGUGCCUUUAAAGGAUAGAUCCGUAGUUGUAUAAUAACAAGUGUUUAGGGACAGGCUGUAGAAGGUUUAGAUGUACAUGUAUGUUUGUCAACAAGAGAUUAUUCACGUUAUCCGUAACUUGACGUCCAAACAACAGUAUUCAACUAUUGAUGAUAUCGAUAUCACAGGAUUUGACAUGAGAAAGACAAAAGGCAGGGAGAUGAUUGAUCACCAAUUUGAUUGAUCGCCAAUGAAAAACCCCAAUAAUGACUGACUUGAAACCAUGGGAAAAAUUAUGACUUGUAAAUCAGGUAAUGUGAUUCUUUGGUUGAUGGACAUAAUCACAAACCUGUAACUAUCAUUGAUUUUUUGCGUGACUUUUGUGGGAGUGUAUAAUACACCAACUGAUCCACUGAUUUAAGUAUUCCGGUUCACAUAUCGAAUGGCAUGUCAAAUCUUCUUCAUAUGUGUAUGUGCAGGAAAUGUCAACAUUCGUCUAUUGUAAACUAACAAGGUAUAGUUGUGAAUAUGGCUGUACAUUUUGAAGGAGAUAUUUGUAUGCUGUGGGAAUUAUUUCAGAGUAUGCUUUUUUAUAUUUUUGAUACUUGUCAUUUAUGUUCAUAUUGUGGUAGUUGACAUUUUCUGUGAAAUACACAUUUGUUGAAGGGUGAUAUAGGUUCUCAGUGACAUAAAUGCAUGUGUAAUUUAUGUGUAAAUACAUCAAAAUGCAAACCUUGCACUUUGUUCCAUUCCGGUUGAGAAUUUAAUUAAAUGCAUUUAUGUUAUUUAGAGCUGAACUGAAUUAUGGUUGUAAACAUUCAACCACUGAUUGACACACUGAUACUGAAAUCGACAUGUGUUAUACCUGUCAUUGACAUGUAUGUUACCUGGUUGCCAUGGUGAUGGGUAGGUGACCACCAGAAACAAACAUGUUCUUAUUCAAAGCAUAAGCAUGUCACUCUCCAUAAAACUUGAGUGGAAAUUGUCGACUGAAACUCUCAACUGUGAUGACAAUCCUUAAUUAUGUCAAGCAUUUAGUCGGUUUAUGAUUUAGUUGGCGUAGAGCCAAAGACAUUGAGUAUUCAGUUGAUGUAGAUGUCAAAGGAAUAUCUACCAUCACCCCUUUGUAAUGUCAGUGGACCCUUCCAAGACAUUGAAGGGCUGAACCAUUUGGUUACUUAGGGGUGAUAGAGUAUUACUACGAAGUGUGUGAUUCCAUAUUAAUUUCCAGUUGUGUUAUAUUACAGUGAAUAUGUUCGACUAUACAUUGUGAUAUUUCUGCAAGAAUGUAUAGUGAAUAAAAGUGUAAGCAUUUUA